GGAUGUCGACUCCCUCGACCUCUGUCACAGAUCCUCCUGGCGCGUGUCCACGCACAGCUCCUCUCAUGGGACGCGUUAUUUAAACGACACACAGCUGACUUUCCCGUUAUAAUCCAGAGAGAUACGAAGGAAAGUGGCCAGCGCGCUCCAGGAAUAAAGCUUCUGGUAACUCUGUUACUGUCGCAAUGGAGUUGGCGCGCAACGCCACCGCACCGCACGCGCUCUCAUCGCAGCAGCAGACCACGAGACUUUCCACGCUCGGCGGCAGAGACGGCAACGCGUACUUGUACAUCGUCAUCGUCGUAUCCUUCUAUGGAGUCUUUCUCAUCGCUGUCAUGCUCGGUUACAUGCGCACCAAACAGCGCGAGAAGAGACGCUCGAAUGCGUUCACGCGCCUUCUGCACGAAGUGGAGCAACGCGAGUGGGGCGCGAGCCAAAAAAAGCACAGUUUCAGCCUCCCUUCGUUUCCCGCGCUGUGCUCCACGCCCGUCCCGUUCACGCUAAACACCGGCAGGCACGCGGGAUUGGCACCUCUGGCCUGCGUGCUCUGCUCGGUGGAGCAAAGCAGCGUGAGUUCUCUCAGCUCCACAGCCGAUGUGCGAUUCACUAUAGAGGAGGAGGAACCCGGGUCUGAGGAACCAAAGACUGGUUUGGGUUCUGAUCAGAACUGCGAAGUGGAAAACGUGAACGAAACUUCCUGACUAGGUUCCGUCACGGGGCUGAAUGACUUUUUCUUAUUCUUCAAAAACAAAAAAUGGUUCUUUUAAGAGCAACUGACUGAAAAGUUAUUUAGAGAAACAAAAAUGUUUCUUUUUUGGCAUUACUGUGAAGAACCUUUGAAGAACAAUAUUUUUUAAAGUGUAAUUUUGUAUUGGUCAUCUCUGUCAUCAAUUUGACAGCAAGAAAGUUCUUUCUCUGUUUAAAGGAGAUCGCAUUUGGUGUAUUUGCAGCAUUAAUAAAUGCAAUAUAUGUAGUGGUAAAUAUAAACUGUUCAACGCGAUGGGAACGCAUCGCCAUAAACCUGGAAUAACUUGAAAAAGCUCUUUCCUUAUAUCAUGUACAUGUAAAAUGAUUUUAUAUGUUUGCAUUUUACCUUAAAUGGUCUGUAUAUAUUGUCCUACAUGUAUGGAUUCGUUUAUUUAAGUUUUUAUUGUCUUGUGCGUCACCUUAUUAAAACGUUUCUGUAAAUGAA